UGUUGGUAGAAAAUAUAUUACUGGAGUAUUUAUGUGCUUAUAAUUUUUAUUUCUGUUUCUGAGCAGAUGAUGGGUCCAAAGGGAUUGAGGAAGGCUACUCAGGUUGCUAUCUUGAAUGCUAACUACAUGGCAAAUCGCCUCAAAAAAUACUACAAGGUGCUGUACACUGGAAAUUGUGGAUUAGUUGCUCAUGAAUUCAUCCUUGAUAUGCGAGAGUUUAAGAAGACAGCCGGAAUUGAAGCUACAGACAUUGCAAAGCGCCUGCAGGACUAUGGUUUCCAUGCACCGACAAUGUCCUGGCAAGUCUCUGGAUUCCUUGAACAAUUCACGACUAGAAAAAAAUCUGGCAAGUUUCUGGAUUCCCUGAACAAUUCACGACUAGAAAAGUGA